AUGAGGUCAGGUCCCGAAUUCCCAUGCCAAGAAGAUGAAAGAAUCCCGUGUCAAAACUGCGGAUUCAUUUUUCCACGCCGAUCAUGUUAUGACUACCAUUUAGUCAAUUCUGCUCCACUAGAAAUGAUUCGACGCGAUACACGUAAUUUUGCAUCCAUUUGCCAAAUGCGUCGUAUUUGCUCCAAUUGCCAUCUCAUAAUCUAUGCUCAGCAAACACACGAAUGUCAUCAACAACGACAACCUCAGGAAAAUUGUACAAAAUGUAAUGGUCCUCAUUCUGAGGACCAGCCAUGCUAUAUUCAACCAUUGUCUGUUGAAGCAGAGGAAGAAGAAAUUAUUGAACCUGUAUUAAAUGAAAAUCAACAACAACAACAACAAGCAAAGAGACAACGAAAACAACCAUUACGUCUAUGUUUUUUCGAUGCUGAGACCAGCCAGGAUGAGCCAGUCCAGAUUAGUAAUAAUAUUAAUGGAUAUAGACAUGUUCCACUUUUAAUUAUUGCCGAGGUUAUUUGCGAAAAAUGUAUCCUGGCAGGAAUUAGUAUUGAAAAUAUUGGACAACGUGCUCCAGGAUGCUUCUGUGGAAAACCAAGAGGCCAACGUUGGUUAAAUUGGUGUUCCCCACCAUUCAGAAAUGCUCCAGGCGACACCACCGCCCGUCCUGACAACAUAAUUUUUAAUCCUAGGCGAAUGUUUUUUCAUUCGUUUGACAACGCAGAAGAGAACCCUGUUGACCAAUUUCUCGACUAUCUACUUAAUCAUGGUUCACAGAAUAUGCUGACAAUCUGCAUUGCUCACAAUGGGGGAAAGUAUGACUUUCAUCUGUUGUUAGAGGCUCUUCAUCGGCGUAAUCAACCGCCAACGAGGUUAUGUACAACGGGGUUAAAGAUCUACUCAAUGACUCUUGGCGGAAAUCAUCAGAGAAAAGUUCAAUUCAAGGAUUCGCUAAAUUAUUUCUUUUGUGAACUUGAUGCUCUUACCAAGAUUUUUGCUCUACCAGAGGAUGUGGCAACAACAAAGCCAUUUUUUCCUUAUCUCUUUAUACAACGUCAACAUUUACAUGAAAGAAUAAUUGGGCUCCCUCCUCUUGAAUAUUACCAGGCUGAAUAUAAAAAGGCUGACAAGCGUGAUAAACUCCUCGAUUGGUACAAUCAAACAAUAGCUGAUACCACAACCAACUUUCAGCUUCGUGAACAGUUAAUUCUUUAUUGUACAAAUGAUGUAGCGAUUCUUCGUGAAAGUGUACUCCGAUUCCGCCAUCUUAUAGGACAACACACGAAGAAUCUUGACCCGUUUUUGUCAGUCUCAACAACAGCAGGUCUGGCCUUAACAACAUUACGCCGCUGCUUUUUGCCUAAGAAUUGGAUUGUUCACUCGCCCGAAGGAGGUUAUUUGAGAGGACGACGAGCUUCAGCCGAAUCGCAGCGAUACAUCCGCUUUUUUGAACUACAACACCCGGAAUCUGCAGGUCAAAUUCAGCACGCACAAUGGGCACUUGGAGAAGCUCAUGUUGAAGACUGCGGGUAUAGACUUGAUGGCUUAUGGCAAAGAUCGCCUCCCCUUCGCCCUUUGGCUAUUGAAUAUAUGGGAUGUUACUAUCACGGUUGUCCCAAAUGCUUCCCUGUACGCGACCAACGCUUAGCAGCUGGUCGUACAGCUGAAGAGCUUUUUGAAAGAACUCAGCAACGCCUAUGGGAAUUGGAGCAUCAACAUGGAUACCAACUUCAUGUUGUCUGGGGGCAUGAGAUUAAAGAAAAGCUGAGUAACAACACACAGUUACGAAGGAAAUGGUUCGAAAUUGACUGUGUUCGGCCUAUGGAUCCCAGAGAGGACUGCCUUAGAGGAGGAAGGACAGAACCCUUCAAACUUCAUCACAUGUGUGCUGAAGAUGAAGAGAUCCUCUACAUCGAUAUUGUAUACUUGAAUCUAAACUUUAAAGAAACUAUAAAAAAAUUUUUAAGGUAA